AUGGGUCCGACCACCAUUAAUCAAAUAAGAACUGUCUUAUAAAUUAGGGUCAUUUUAGAUGAUGACAUCUAGCUAUAUAGUUAGCUAGCUAGUUAUAGCUACUGAAACCAAUUAUGUUGUUUUGCUAUGUUUUCGGGGAAGAACAUUGUUUGCAUCCAUGAGCUAGCUAGCUUUUUUACGACCAGCACUGUACAUAGGUGCGCUAGACAACUUUACCAGCAUCAUAGCAUACGUAUCGAUGAAUCGUUGUGACAUAUGAAAUACGAGUAAUAGUGUAAUCAAUGUGUAAUAACUAUGUAAAAAAUGUAUGAAUGCGUUAAAUUAUUAUGUCAUGUGCAGUCAUAUUCAGUUCCUAAUUGGUCAACAAGCUUAUUAGACACGACAAAUAGUGUUAUUUGACAGGCAAAGACCCAAACGGCGUUCCAUAGUAUUAGAAAGCCUGGUUGAGAAUGAAACGACGGAACAAAUGAACAACGAAACAGCACAGCAAGCCUGUCAUGGCUGUGCGGCGGGAUCAAAGUGUGACUGCAGCGGAGUAAAAGGAGGCAAGGGCGAGAGGGGUUUCCCAGGACUACAGGGUCAGCCAGGCGUACCAGGGUUCCCCGGACCUGAGGGGCCAAUCGGAGGCAGGGGAGAGAAGGGUAGUGACGGACUUUCAGGGCCAUCCGGUCCAAAAGGAAUUAGGGGACCUCCUGGACUGCCCGGAUUCCCAGGAACACCAGGAAUUCCAGGUCUCCCAGGACAGGACGGGCCCCCGGGCCCAAGAGGAACUGCAGGCUGCAACGGGACCAAGGGCGAGAGAGGAUUCCCUGGAAGUCCAGGGUUCCCCGGACUGGAGGGCCGAUCGGGUCCACCUGGUCUGCCGGGACAAAAGGGAGACCCAGGUGAUGUCAUCUCAAAUGACCGCUUUGGACAGAAAGGAGGUGUAGGUUUACCUGGCUUGCCUGGAGUUCCCGGUAGCCCAGGCCUUGCAGGAUUGUCAGGCCCUGUCGGACCACCUGGCCCCAGAGGUUAUGAGGGUCGUUCUGGGCCUCCUGGUCCUCCCGGUCCUAAGGGUAACAUGGGAUUGAACUUCCAAGGUCCCAAAGGAGAUAAGGGGGAUCCAGGUCUGCUGGGGCCUCCCGGUCCACCGGGACAGGUCGGGGAGCAGAAGAGACCCACAGAGUCAGAGAUCCAGAGAGGAGAGAAAGGUGAUCAAGGUUUACCUGGUCCAGCUGGUGAUCCUGGUUAUCCUGGUCCCCCUGGUGUAUCUGGAGGUUCGAAGGGAGAGAAAGGAGAGCCUGGAGAAGCAGGCAAACGCGGCAAACCGGGGAAAGAUGGCGACCCAGGUCCUGCUGGAUUCCCUGGUAGUAAAGGAGACUCAGGCGGCCCGGGUCUGCCAGGUCGGGAUGGUGACAGGGGGGACAAAGGUGACCGUGGAUACCCUGGACCUCCGGGCGUGGUGAUUAAUGGUCAGACAGGAGCACGUGUGGGGCCAAAAGGAGAGCCUGGUUUCCCCGGGUCAUCAGGAAGGAAAGGAGACAGAGGACAACCUGGUCUCUCAGGUCCUCCAGGCCAACCAGGAACCCCAGGUAAUGGAGGUGUAGGCCAACCCGGUUCCCCAGGCUUCCCAGGAGAGAGGGGCCAGAAGGGAGACGAGGGCCAGCCAGGCAUCUCCCUCCCUGGGCCUCCAGGGCGAAAUGGGUCCCCUGGGCUUCAGGGACCACCAGGCCCUCCCGGGGUCGCAGGGGUCUCCACAGGGGGCGGUAACUGUUUAGGAGGGGCCCCCGGCUUACCAGGACAACAAGGAGACAGAGGGUUUCAAGGAGAGUCCGGACAGAAAGGUGACAAGGGAGAAACCUGUGUGAACUGUUUCUCACGUGGGAAUUCCAUCACUGGGGCACCAGGCCCUCCCGGACCUCCUGGGUUCCCAGGUGGACCAGGAGGACCAGGGGCUAAAGGUGACAGAGGAUAUCCAGGUGGCCCAGGGCCAUCAGGUUCUUCUGGUUUGCCUGGUCCCCAGGGUGCACCUGGUUUCCCAGGAGAGAAGGGUGACCCAGGUGAGGCUAUUGCUGUGGAUGGGGGGAGGGGCGACAAGGGAGACACAGGGUUCCCCGGACCCUCUGGCCUGCCUGGUCUGGACGGAGGACCUGGUCGCAAUGGAGUUCCUGGAGCUCCUGGACCCAAAGGAACAUCUGGUUCUCUGUUAGUGAAGGGUGAGCGAGGGCCUCCAGGUGAGCCCGGUCUGCAGGGUAUCCCAGGUGACAGGGGUGUCCCCGGAUCCCCAGGCUUCGGCCCUCAGGGGCCAUCUGGAGAGAAGGGUGUCCAGGGUGUCUCGGGGAGAACGGGAACACCUGGAGCACCAGGCACUAAAGGUGAGCCGGGCCAAACGAUAGCAGAGAAGGGACUCCCAGGACCUAGGGGACAGGAUGGAGACCCCGGUCUUCCUGGAAACCCAGGCAACCCCGGCGGGCCAGGACAGCCCGGUUUCCCCGGCUUACCAGGUGCCAAGGGCGACCCCGGCCUCUCCGGCAUUGGACUGCCAGGACCCCCCGGCGCUAAAGGAUUCCCAGGCUCAUCUGGUGUGCCAGGUGGUCCCGGAGGUCCAGGAAGACCAGGAGUGGACGGCCUCCCCGGUGAGCCAGGUGGACCUGGAGCUAAGGGAGAGCCAGGAUUCGGGUUGCCAGGUCCCCAGGGCCCUCCAGGCUUCCCUGGACCCAAAGGAUUAGCUGGACCCAAAGGAGACUCCGGUUUCCCCGGCAACCCCGGCUCGCCCGGACGUUCCGGCUUCGACGGUGGCCCUGGUGCCAAAGGUGACUCUGGUAUCCCUGGUAUAUCCGGAGCUCGUGGCCCUCCAGGUUCACCCUCCAUCGGCUCUCAGGGCAUCCCCGGCCCCAUUGGACCCCCAGGACCCAUGGGCUCUCCAGGAUACUCAGGCGCCAACGGAGAGAAGGGAGACCCCGGUUCUCCCGGCCUGGACAUUCCAGGGUUGCCAGGCGACAGAGGAAGUCCCGGUUUCCCCGGCAACCCCGGGGGAGUUGGACCACAGGGUAACCCUGGUGGCCCUGGCCGAGACGGACUGCCUGGCCUGCCUGGUGGUAAAGGAGACAUGGGUGUGAUGGGAGCUCCUGGACCUUUGGGAUCCCCUGGGAACCCCGGAGCCCCCGGCUUCCCUGGACCUAAAGGUGACGAUGGUUUCCCAGGGCGACCAGGUGGGCCCGGCGGUUCAGGUUUGAAGGGAGACAGGGGAGAGCCCGGUAUCGCGGGACUCCCAGGACCCAGCAUUCCUCCCCAGGAACUGAAGGGUGGCAAGGGAGAACCAGGAGCACCAGGUUUGGGAGGACUGCCAGGUCAAAAGGGUAUCCCUGGUCUCCCUGGAGACGCUGGUAUACCAGGACAGGACGGACGACCUGGGUUGCCUGGACCUCAAGGUCCCAAAGGAGAUGCAGGUAUCCCUGGAGGAUCAGGCUCACCAGGAGGCCCAGGAGCUAAAGGCAACAUGGGAGAGAUGGGCUUCCCAGGACCCACAGGGGCGAAAGGAACUCCGGGUCAAUCAGGUCGGCCGGGUGGACCCGGUAGUUCAGGAGCAUCAGGGUUCCCUGGAGCUAAGGGAGAGCCCGGUUCCCCUGGCUUUGGUUCCCCAGGAGCUACAGGUCCCAAGGGUGAGCCCGGUCAGUCAGGAUUCCCCGGGCAAAACGGAAUAAAAGGAACUUCCGGAACACCAGGUCUUCCAGGGUUUCCUGGCGGCCCUGGCGCCAAAGGUGACCCCGGCCUCCCAGGAUUCCAAGGUUCUCCCGGGAUUCCCGGGCCUAAGGGUCUGGAUGGUAUCCCCGGUAACCCCGGUCUCAGCGGACCACCCGGCCGACCGGGAGAGAACGGCCGUGCCGGAUCACCUGGGUUCCCAGGGGACAAGGGUCAGGCGGGUCGUGACGGAAUCCCUGGACCAGCGGGAGUCAAAGGAGACCCAGGUCUUCCUGGUUUCGGUGGCCCCGGUUCUCCUGGUCUCCCAGGAUUACCAGGUGCGAAGGGAGAUCUUGGCAUCCCUGGUUCUUCCGGUAGCCCUGGCUUCCCUGGUCAGAAGGGAGAGAUGGGUUUCCCUGGGCUACCUGGGUCCCCUGGCAGCGUUGGGCCCCCUGGUGCCCCAGGUGUGGCCCUCCAGGGUCCCAAAGGUAACUCCGGACCCCCCGGACCCCCUGGAAGAGGAGGUCCUCCUGGCUCUGAAGGUCCCCGUGGCCCUGUCGGCAGCGGUGGGACCAAAGGUGAGAAGGGAAUUUCCGGAAUUCCUGGAUCGCCUGGUUUCCCCGGAGCGAAGGGAGAAUUUGGAUCGCCCGGAUUCCCGGGUAAUGCUGGCCUUCCUGGUACCAAAGGGUUGAAGGGAGACCUCGGACUGCCUGGAGUUCCCGGAUUCCCAGGACCAAAGGGAGAUUCUGGAAUCCCUGGAUCAUCUGGUCUCCCUGGAGAACCCGGAGAUGCUGGCACUCCCGGACCCCCAGGUGACCCAGGUUUUGCUCCAGCCCCCAUCUUGCUGAAGGGAGAGCGUGGCUCCCCCGGCCCUUCAGGUCUACCAGGCGGCCGUGGCGCCACAGGACCCCCCGGACUGGAGGGACUCUCAGGUCAGCCCGGUCAGCCAGGAGACCCCGGUCCUGAGGGACCCCCAGGAUUCAGUGGAGCCUCCGGCCGCAAGGGAGACCCAGGACCCGCCGGACAGCCAGGUGAGCGUGGAUAUCCCGGUCCCCCUGGUUCAGAUGGCCUGCAGGGUCCCCCAGGUCCAUCUGGAUCUGCCUCUGUGGCGCACGGCUUCCUGAUCACCAGACACAGUCAGGGCGAGGACGUCCCCAUCUGCCCAGAGGGCACCGGCCUCAUCUACGACGGCUACUCUCUGCUCUACGUACAGGGCAACGAGAGGGCACACGGACAGGACCUGGGAACUGCUGGAAGUUGCCUGCGUCGGUUCAGCACCAUGCCAUUCAUGUUCUGUAACAUCAAUAACGUGUGUAACUUCGCCUCCCGUAACGACUACUCCUAUUGGCUGUCCACACCCACGCCCAUGCCCAUGACUAUGGCUCCCAUCACCGGAGAGGGCAUCAAACCUUACAUCAGCAGGUGUGCAGUGUGUGAGGCCCCUGCCAUGGUGAUCGCUGUACACAGUCAGACCAUUCAGAUCCCCACCUGCCCCAGCUACUGGGAACCACUGUGGAUCGGAUACUCCUUCAUGAUGCACACUAGUGCUGGUGCUGAGGGUUCGGGUCAGGCUCUGGCCUCUCCUGGCUCCUGUCUAGAGGAAUUCCGGAGCGCUCCCUUCAUCGAGUGCCACGGUCGGGGGACCUGCAACUACUACGGCAACUCCUACAGCUUCUGGCUGGCCACCGUCGACCAAUCAGAAAUGUUCAGGAAGCCACAGUCGGAGACGCUGAAAGCAGGUAACCUGCGGACGCGCGUCAGCCGCUGUGUGGUCUGUAUGAAGAGGACGUAACAGCGCAGCGGCAACCGUUGCCGGGGACAACCGACAACGAACAUGGCGGCGGCGGAGGGGUGGUGAUGAUGACGUCUCCGUGACAAGGUGGAAUUCCAAUGGUGUAUUGUCUUCCGGAAACAACAACUUAAAUGGUGCUACUGUGCAACACAGCAACAAAAGAAAAAACGCUGAAAAAAUCUAUUUAGUCUUUUCUUCUUUUUUAAUACCUCAAGUACGUCAAAAAGAAACAAAAAAAACAUGAAAGGUGCCUUGUGUGACAAAAGUGCAUUUUAUUUUUAUCUUUUCAAAAUUGUUAUUUUGUUUCAACAACAAAAAUAUAUAUAUUUAGAUUUUCAGUACAGUACAGAGGGUGGUACAAACAUUUCAUUUUUAGACAGAUUUUUCUUUCAUUUUUUCAUUUUUCUUUUGUGUUUUUGUGUUUUACAAACGAGUGGAGUUGUCUCCGUGUUACCAAAUCGGCACUUUGACGUCGGAACAUCAAAGAGAAGAGAUGCACUGAUGAGCUUUCUUAACGAGACUGCGUUUUUCUAGGUUUUCAUUUUUUAUUAAAUCUUUCUGUUAUUCUUUUUUUUUAAUUUAGUUUUUUCUCCUUGGUGGUACUAACACUGCUGUCUCUCCCAGCCUGUUAACUCUAGGCCUCAUUUCUCUUUUUGUAAGUAAUUAAAUGUGUAUAUUAUGUAAAACACCUUUAUAGUUGUAAGACAAAACAGGUACUUAGCUAUAUUAUGAAUUUCUGGGUUGUUCUUGUUUGUUCACUCGUCUUCACUCAUUUAAUUGAUUCAUGCACUCAUUCACACACUCACGCAUUCACUCGCUCACAUAUACACUCAUUCAGAUAUUGUACAUCUAUAAAUGAAACAGUAUUUUAUAUAUAUAUAUAUAUAUAUAUAUAUAUAUAUUUAAAAAAAAUUAAAAGUAUAUACACUAUUUGGCUGCGGGCGGGAGUUUUUUUUCUAUCAUUAUUUUUUAUCUCCAAAAGGUAUUUUUUUUCACAUUUCACAAAACUAUUGGCAUGACAACAAAACUUGAGUAAGCAGAGUUUCCCUGUCAACCAAUCAAAAACCCUAUCCUAUUAUGAUCAUGUACUGUGUAUGAUAAUGGCAAUCACUCAAGCUUUUGUAUUUGAUUUCUACUAGUAAUCUAUCGUUAACUGGGGGGUUAGAAAAUUACCCGAUUUCAUGCCAUAACAGGUUGAUAAUAAAAUCCACUCCUGGAAAUGUAUAUUAUUGAUAUUAAUUCACAUCUUAACACUGGUCUAGGUUGUCCCACUAUGAACUAGCGUGUCGUAAGUAUGCACGUAAUGUUACGUACUGCGAGAAUAGAAUCAAAUAGAAUCUGUUCUAUUCUUUUUUUUCUAUUCUACGGUCAACGAGGAGAGCUGUGGGGGGAUGAUUCUUCCUGUGAUGUUGUUUUUCAAAGCUUAUUUUUAAUUUGUAAUGUCACCAUGGGGUGACAUUAAUUUCAAAAAAUCAUUUUUUUAUUUUUUUUAUGUUAUGUUAUCCAGAAGUUGUUAUAAACUUUUAAGACUGAAAAAUAAACCCAAUGUCCAUC